ACAUUUCAUUGGAAAUCGCUCUUAAAAAGUCUUCGGUGGAACCAUGUGGUCGUUCGGUCUCAACGUUUGUAGAUGAAAAUCGAGCCCAAAUUCUCUUCUUAGAUGCUUUAUAUUAUAAUCCUGACAGACUUUCAAAAUAG